ACUUCAACUUAGAUUAUUACAUCACUUCAAAAAGAAAGCAUCUCUUCCUCGUCGAUAGAACUUUGCUAACUUUCCGACAAAACUAAAACAAGAGUUCAAUGGCUGUUUCUAAUGCUCUAACAAUAUCUCCAAGAACACUCCGGUCUGAUCUUUACUCUUACUCGAACCAAGACAACACCAAGACACCUCUGGUUAUCUCUGUUCUAGCUUCACUUAUCGACCGAACUCUAACUCGGAACCAGAGAAUAAGUCGUAGAGCGUCACCGGCGUCGUCUCCUUCAGGGAGGAGUAGCAAAACCCAGAUCUUUGAUUGCCGUGAAAUUCCCGAUAUGACCAUCCAAUCGUACCUAGAGAGAAUUUUCCGGUACACUAAAGCCGGUCCAUCGGUUUACGUGGUGGCUUACGUCUACAUUGACCGGUUCUGUCAACUCAAUCCUGGUUUUAGAAUCAGUCUCGCAAAUGUACAUCGCCUACUCAUCACCACCAUCAUGAUUGCUUCUAAAUAUGUUGAAGAUUUGAAUUACAGAAAUUCAUAUUUCGCAAAAGUGGGUGGAUUAGAGACAGACGAUUUGAACAAAUUAGAGUUGGAGUUUCUGUUCUUGAUGGGGUUUAAGCUACAUGUUAACGUGAGUGUGUUUGAGAGUUAUUGUUGUCAUCUUGAAAGAGAGGUUAGCUUUGGAGGAGGUUAUCAGAUUGAGAAGGCAUUGCGUUGUGCUGAAGAAAUCAAAUCAAGACAAAUGAUCGUUCAAGAUCCUAAACAUGAUCAUCAGUUUGCUCGAGUCUUGUUGUAGAAAAACAACUCUUAUUUUUUUUAGUUCUAGUUUUGUCGUUUUGUGCUUGUCUUCUUGACUUUUAUGUUGGUUAGUGUUGGUGUAAAUGUAAAUAUAGUUGAGUAGAGAUGAGCAGUGAAGUAAGUACGAGCAUUGUAUAUUUGUAUAUAGAUUCACUAUCUAUUGAUU